UUUAAAAUUUAUCGUCAAUCGAUAAGCAUCAUCAUCAUUUUACGCACAUCCACAUACACACACGCAUAUAUCGUUGGUGUUAUCUUCUCUCAACCGUACGCUCUUUGGUGCAUUCAAUACAAUUUUAAUUCUAUCGUAAAAUUGAGAAAAUGUAAUUUUUUUUUGUUGCGUUAGUAAAAUAUGAGUGAAACGUAAGAAAAGAAAUCGAGAUCCAUCGAAACCGAUUCAUAAUGUUAUUAUUGUUCAAUGGUUUGCUUGACAAAUUAUAGAUCAAAUCGUUUAAUGUUUAUGAGUAUGUACUAAACGACGACGAAAUUGAACAAUUUCAAAAGAGACACACUAUAUUUGACAGACAUACUCAUUCUUGCACAAACGAUUUUUGUGGUGGUAAUUUUGUAUGUGAGCUGAGAAACUCCAUGUGUAUAUCAACGUGCGGUAUAAUUCAAUAGGUAGACCGUUAUUGUAGCGUGAAUGCGAUCAGAUUUCAAUCGAAUGCUGCAUAUCUCGCUGUAUCCACGCGACAAUUAUGUUUCUUCGGAAAAGAAGAGAAGAUAAACAAAUAAGAAGAAAAACCAAACAAAAGAAGAAGGAAAAAAAUCCACUUCAUUUCAUCGUUCGUUGGAAUAUGUGUGCCACUUGAAAUCGCAUAAUUUUUGGAUGUUUUUUUUUCUUUUUGAAACUUGAUUGAAUCGAAAUUGUGUCUGUGUGCAACCACAAUAUCAAAAAAAAUAUUCAAAACGGAAAAUAUAUUUCAGUGAUUUGUAAAGAGCUCAGUGCCAAAAAUAUACGGUGAGAAAAUGUAUGGAACACAGUGUGAAUAAAAUAAAUAUAAAGUGGAGACAUUCAAUUAAUCAAGCAAUCAAACAGCUCAAUUUCGUGUAAUAAAACGAGAGUAGAGAAUUUUGUAAAUGUGUGAAUUUGUUCGUUGAAAAAAACAAAAAAAAAAUGCAAACUCUAUUCAUUGGAUUAACUUUGCUCGUAAGCUAUUGCAAUGGUCUCAUCGUGCCACAGGAAUUAUCAUCAGUGUUAUCGUUAGUCUAUUCAAAUAUUCCGCCGGUUAAAAAAGGAACUGAUUCGCGUGUUGGUUUUGGUUUUCGACUUGGUGAACAUGCAGAUUUUCAAGUUAUGUUUGAAAUUGGACCACAAAAAUUUACCCGACCGAUAGGAAAAGGUGCUUCGACCGAUGAUGAUUCCGAUACCAGCAAACGUAUGGUUGAUCAAUCAGAUUACAAUAAAAAACCGGUGGCGCAAACGAUUGAAAGUGGAAAUAGCUAUUUGAAUAAAUGGGCGAAUGAAAUGAAAUCGAAGACCAUCGAAAAGAAGCAUAAGCCACAGGCCGCUUCAGUUGAGCAUGAUUCGCUGAAAACAUUGUUCAAUGCCAAAAAUCAAUAUCCAAUUCCAGCGUCACCCGUAAUACCUGAGUCAAGUCUACGUCAAUUGCAACAGCUGAUGUACGCCAAACAGAGUGAUUCCAUUCCACGGGCAAUCGGCACCUUGCCAUCGAAGACGAUGGACACACACAUUGACCUUGCGGCACGUGAGAACACUGCCAAACUGAAACAGAAUGAGAAAAUCAAAGCAAGUUUAAGUGAUGUUUCACUUGAUGAUUAAAACUAUUGACCAAAAUAGUUUUUCGAUUACUUUGUCAAACGUGUACAGCAUACAAAUACAUUGCGAAUACCAUUUUAUCAAAAGACACACACGAAAAAAUCCUUUUUUUAGGUAAAAGUGUAUAGAAUCCAAACACGAGAACUGUACAGCAGAUGGUGAGCAACUACAUCAACGCCACUCGACCUUUAUGUAAAUUUCGUACAUAAAAUAUUUAAGCUAUUUUAGGACGUGUAUAAAAGAAAAUUAGCAUAGCUUGUAGAAACAUGUGUGUAAUUUGCCAAGUCGCAAACAUUGCAAUUAGAUUAGCUCAGUUAAGAUACACAUUGUAGUAAUGAAAAUAUAUAUGAUUAUUCAAUAAAUUCAAUA